AGUUUCUUCAUUUCUCAGGGUAUCCUAAUCCAAACCCCCCUAACACCCACUUACCCACUCCUAUCGAGAGUCCUCACUUCACCUCAUUCACUGUCAUUCUCUUCACCAUCACACAGCACCACACAACCUCCUCGACAUAAUGGACUCCGACAACAGCGAGUGGGCCAGCGAGCCCAUUGCCGUCAUCGGCAUGAGCUGCAAAUUCUCCGGCGGUGCCAGCAACCCCGACAAGCUCUGGGACCUCAUGGCCUCGGGGAAGACCGGCUGGAGUGAGAUCCCAGAGGAUCGCUAUAAUCUCCAAGGUGUCUACCACGCCAACCACGAAAGAACGAGCACGACACAUGUCAAAGGUGGACACUUCCUCGACGAUGAUGUCGCCGCCUUUGAUGCGGCCUUCUUCAACUACUCGGCGGAGAUGGCUCAGGUCGUCGACCCCCAAUUUCGACUCCAGCUCGAGUCGACGUAUGAGGCGCUGGAAAAUGCUGGUCUACCUCUUUCCCAGGUGAUGGGAUCUCAGACGUCCGUAUUCGCCGGUGUCUUCACGCACGACUAUCAAGAGGGAAUAAUACGAGACGAAGACAGACUCCCACGCUUCAAUGUCGUGGGCACAUGGAGUCCCAUGUCCUCCAACCGUAUUUCGCACUUUUUUGACUUCCGUGGCGCCAGUAUGACUCUGGAAACUGGAUGUUCCACGACCCUGGUGGCCCUGCAUCAAGCGGUCCACACCCUGCGCAAUCGCGAGGCCGACAUGUCCGUGGUGACUGGAGCCAACGUGAUGUUGAACCCUGACACCUUCAAGGCGAUCGGGUCCCUGGGAAUGCUGUCGCCCGACGGCCGCUCAUUCGCCUUUGAUUCGCGCGCCAACGGAUACGGUCGCGGAGAGGGCGUCGCCACCAUCAUCAUCAAGCGACUGUCGGACGCGCUGGCCGCCAAUGACCCCAUUCGCGCCGUUAUCCGCGAGACUGCCUUAAAUCAGGACGGCAAGACCGAUACCAUCACGACGCCGUCCGGCACUGCCCAGGUGGACCUCAUGCGCGAAUGUUACCGUCGGGCUGGCCUCGACCCCCGCGGCACUCAAUACUUUGAGGCCCAUGGUACGGGCACGCCAGCCGGUGACCCCAUCGAGGCGGGAGCUAUGGCGGCCAUCUUUGGCGGAGGAGAAGGCCGCGACAACGAGGAGCACUACCUGCGCAUUGGCUCUGUGAAAACAAAUGUCGGCCAUACUGAAGCCGCUUCCGGUCUCGCCGCCAUGAUCAAAGGUGUUUUGUGUCUUGAGAAGGGAUUGAUUCCGCCCACGGUCAAUUAUGAAACGCCCAACCCCAAGCUCAAGCUCGACGAGUGGCGUCUCAAGGUGGUGAGGACAAUGGAGCAGUGGCCCGACAGUCUGGUGGAUGGUCCACGCCGCAUGUCAAUCAACAACUUUGGCUACGGCGGAGCGAAUGCCCAUGUCAUUCUAGAGAGCGCCGACCCAUGGACCUUGACAUCGGAUUUGGAUCUGAAUCCCGUCAAUGGUAAUCACACGACCGAUAUAGCAGACGACGCCAAAGUGCUCAUCCUCAGCGCGCGCGACGAGCGGGGCUGUCAACAAAUGGUGUCCGACCUCAAGGCGUAUCUGGAAAAGCACCGGUCGCUUGGGCCCCAGACCUCUGAGCAGCUGCUGCGGAAUCUCAGCUACACGCUGGGCGAGCGCCGGACACUCUUCCAGUGGGUGGCAGCGCACCAGGUGCGUCUGGAAAAGGACGGCUCCCUCGACGCCGCCAUCCAAGCCUUGGAGUCACCUCGCUUCAAGCCCGGUCGCCGUGCCGCGGAGAGUCCCCGCAUCGGUAUGAUUUUCACUGGCCAGGGCGCGCAGUGGUAUGCCAUGGGCCGUGAGUUGUUGACGUCUUACCCUGUCUUCCGCCAGUCGAUCGAGGAAGCAGAGGCCUACCUAAAAGACCUCGGGGCGGACUGGUCGUUGCUCGAGGAGCUCCAGCGCGACAAGGCGACGACCCAGGUCCACGCUACGAAGAUCAGCAUCCCCGUGUGCGUGGCGCUCCAGAUCGCAUUGGUGCGCCUGCUGGAAUCAUGGGGCAUCACGCCCUCCGCGGUGGCCAGUCACUCAUCCGGUGAGAUCGCAGCAGCCUUUGCCGUAGGGGCUCUCACACAUCGCCAGGCCAUGGCGACGGCCUACUACCGCGCCGUCCUCGUUGCCGACGAGACUCAGCGCCCACCCGGGGCUGCCAAGGGUGCGAUGGCGGCGGUCGGCUUGGGGGUUGACGCCGUGCAGCCCUACCUCGCCCGGCUGACCAAGGAAAACGGCAAAGCGGUGGUGGCCUGCGUCAACAGCCCUCAAAGUGUCACCAUCUCUGGUGAUUCGGACGCCGUUCAAGUGAUCGAGGACCUGUGCAAGCAAGAUGGCGUGUUUGCCCGUCGUCUCAAAGUCCAACAGGCAUACCACUCCCACCAUAUGGACCCGUUCGCGGAUGCCUACCGGGAGCGCCUUCGCGCCGAAAUGGCGCGGGGGGUGCUGCAAAAUGGCAAGCAACAGGCUCAGGCCGCCAAGAAAGAACUCAAGGCGGUUUUUGCGUCGGCCGUCACGGGUGGACGUGUCACCGACAUCAAGGACAUUGCCAGUCCCGAUCACUGGGUGGGUAGUCUGGUGCAGCCGGUCGAGUUCGUGGACGCCGUCACUGAAAUGGUGCUGGGCGAUCCGGAUGACCCGACAGGCAGAAGUGUCGACGUCUUGCUCGAGGUCGGCCCUCAUACGGCGCUGGGAGGUCCGAUCCGUGAGAUUCUAUCCCUGCCCGAGUUCGAGGGUAUCGAGCUCCCCUACUGGGGCUGUCUCAUCCGCGAUGAACACGCCGGCGACAGUAUGCGAUCGGCCGCCAUCAACCUGUUCCGCGAAGGUCAAUCCCUCGUCAUGGACCAGAUUAAUUUCCCCGUGCCUUCGUAUGACGAGGAGCCCCAGGUCCUGACGGAUUUGCCAUCAUAUCCUUGGAACCACACCAUGCGUCACUGGCAAGAGUCCCGAGUCAACCGGGCGAUUCGCGAACGCAGUGAGCCUCCUCACGAGCUGCUUGGCAUGCCUGUCGCCGGCAAUGAUCCCAGCGCAUCUGUGUGGCGCCGUAUGUUGCGUGUUACCGAAACCCCCUGGGUCCGCGAUCAUAUGGUGCAGGGCAGUAUUGUCUACCCCGGCUCGGGCUACAUUUGCCUCGCGAUUGAAGCCGCUCGGCAGUUGGAGAAAGCCAAUGCCGCCGACAUUUCUGGAUUCCGCCUGCGCGACGUCAACUUCUUGUUCGCCCUGGUUAUCCCGGAGAGCGCGGACGGCGUGGAGAUCCGAACCACGCUUCAGUCGGUCCCGGAGCGAGAAAUUGGCGCCCGCGGCUGGCGGCGCUUUGAGGUCUCGUCGGUUACCUUGGAUAACCGGUGGACGUUGCACGCCAAGGGCAUGAUCCAGGUCGAGCGCGAGGCCACAGCCCUAAACACGGCUGAGCGCCGCCCGUUGUCGACGUACACCCGCCAGCCGGACCCCCAGGACUUGUUCGCCAACCUCCGGGCCCGCAGUGUCUACCACGGUCCGCUCUUCCAGAAUACCACCAAGAUCAUCCAGGAUGGCCGGGAGCCGCGAUCUGUAUGCGACAUCACGGUCCGUCAUGAAGCUUCGUCCGACACCGACCCGGUGGUGGCGGCACAGAACACCCUGCUGCACCCUAUCACGCUGGAUGCGGUCGUCGUGGCCUUCUACUCCGUCCUGCCGAGCGUGGGAGGCCUCCAGGAAGACCCCAAGCUCCCGCGGUCUGUCGCCUCGAUGUGGGUAUCGAGCAAUAUCAGCCACGAGAUUGGCCGCACCCUGCACUGCGACACGUCUUUGUUACAUGACGACGCGCAGAGCGGCAUCGCGAACAUUACUGUUUUCGACGGCCCAACGGACGACGCGGUGCUCAAGAUCCAGGGCAUUGAGUUGGCCUCUCUGGGACGGGGUAGCGGUGCCACGGCGCGCCAGGAUGCAGCCAACAAGGGCGGUGCUGUCGUCCCCAGCAAGUGGGAGCAGGAGCUGUGUAGCAAACUCGUCUGGGGACCCGAUUUGUCGCUGCGAAACCCCCGGGCUCUCGCCCAGAUCAAGGAGCAGCUGGUUGCACCCGAGUCCGAUGCCGACGCAGACCUCGCCAAGAAUCUCCAGCGCUUGUGCGUCUAUUAUGCCCAGGAUGCGCUCCGAACCCUCACUCCCGCGGACGUAGCCCACCUACAGGAGCAGCCUCAUUUGGCCAAGUACUACGCAUGGCUACAGGGAUUGACCGCCAACGCCGCCCAGGAUGAGCUGGAGAAGCGUCAGGAAUACAUUGCCGCGUCGGUCUCGCAAAGCACCGAUGGGCAGUUGGUCGGUCGCCUCGGACCCCUCCUCCCGUCCAUUCUUCGUGGUGAGCUCAAGGUGGAAGACGUGAGUGGCCUAUUGAAUGAGUACAACGCCAAGGCGAUGCGUCGGUCAUCUGCUCUGAGCAAGCUCUCGACGCUGUUGCGCAAGGUAGCUCACAAGAACCCCAGUGCCCGCGUCCUCCAGAUCGGUGCCGGUACCGGUGCCCACGCGACCCGUCGCAUCCUGGAGACGCUGGGCACGGCCAAGACCCCCGUGGUCGCCAGCUGGCACGUUACCGAGCCAUCUUCCGAGGCCUUGGAGGAUGCCCAGGCCCAACUUGCCGACUGGGCCGAUUGGCUCGAGUUCGACCAACUCGACAUCGAGCAGAGCCCGGCCAAGCAGAAGUUUACCCCCGGGAGCUAUGACAUCGUGGUGGCAUUCCAGGCUCUUCGCACCACCAAGGACACCGCCAGUGCCGUUGCCAAUGUGCGUAGCCUGCUGAAGCCCAGCGGUACGUUGAUCUUUGCGGAGACGACCCAGGCGCAGGUCGAUGUGGAUUUCAUCUUUGGGCUGCUGCCGAGCUGGUGGCAAGGUGAAGAUAUCACUGCGUCUGCUUGGGACGACGUGCUUCGGGACGCUGGGUUGAGUGGUGUGGAUGUGGAGAUUCGUGACUCGGAGAGCGACCUCAUCCAUGCCACCAGUGUUAUCAUGUCUACGGUGCCGGUCGUCGAAGACCAGAAAGAGACCCUGGGCAACGGGGAGAGCUUCGUCGUGGUCACCAGUAGCAAGACCCCUCCACCCCCGGGCUUUGUCGAUCUGCUAUCCCAGCGCAUCCAGGCCUUGACCGGUUCUGGCACUGCCCUCCCCGAGCACCUCGUGCUUGAGAAGAGCAGCUUCGACGCCUACAAGGCCAAGAUUUGUGUGUUUGUUGGCGAGAUUGACGAGCCCAUUAUGGCGGAUCUCGACGCCGCGCGCAUGGAAGGCCUCCGCGCCAUGGUCACGCAAUGCAGCGGCCUGCUCUGGGUUACGACCGGCGGCACCGUGGAGAGCGAAGUGCCCGAACGGGCGGUUUACCAGGGUUUCCUGCGUGUGCUGCGCAAUGAGUAUAUCAGCCGUCGCUUUCUCUCGCUGGACCUCGACCCGGCUCAUGCUGCUGAGAGAUGGUCCUCGGGUGGAGAGGCCGUCGUCUCGACUAUCGUGCAGGUCCUCCAAGAGGGAUUCGGUCGUUCUGAGGAGGUCGGUCCGGCCGAGUUCGAAUAUGCUGAGCGUGACGGUGUCCUGCAGGUUCCCCGGUACUACAAAGACGAUCAGUACAAUGAUAUGGUCACUGGACCGCUGGUGCCAAGCUGGGGUGAGGUACUCCCUGCUGCCAAGGACGACAAGGGCAAUACCGAUGCGGUUUCCAGCCUCCCCCUCGAGCCCCUGUUCCAGGAGAACCGGCCGCUACGGCUGGAAGUGGGCAUUCCGGGACACUUGGACACCUUGGCUUUCGUUCACUAUGAGGAAGACCAUGCGUCAUUGGCACCGGAGCUCAUCGAGAUUAGCCCUCGGGCCUACGGAGUCUGCUCGCGCGACGUCCUGGCCGCUAUGGGCCAACUCAAGGAUCGUUCCAUGGGCCUUGAAUGCGCCGGGAUCAUUACGCGUGUCGGUGCGGAAGCUCAAGCCAAGGGCUACACUGUCGGUGACCGCGUCAUGGCGCUUUUGCCUGGCGCGUCUUUCGCCAGCUCUGCCCAUGUCCCAUGGCAUGGCGUCGUGCAGAUCCCGAGCAGCAUGGAGUUUGUGACCGCCGCGUCGCUUCCCCUGGCUUUUACCAUUGCCUACGCCGGCCUCGUCGACACCGCGCGCCUGACCGCCGGGCAGUCGGUACUCAUCCAUGCCGCGGCCGGAGCCAUUGGGCAAGCCGCCAUCAUGCUGGCCAAGCACCUCGGCGUCACGGAGAUUUACGCUACGGCUGGGUCCGAGGAGAAACGGGGCCUCCUGCAGCGCGAGUUUGGCAUCCCUGCUGAGCGCAUCUUCAACAGCCGCGACGCAUCGUUCGCCCCCGCCGUUCUGGCUGCCACCAAAGGACGCGGCGUCGACGUUGUGCUCAACUCGCUGCCCGGUCCACUCCUGCAGGCCAGUCUCAGCGCCAUUGCGCCUCUGGGCUACCUGCUGGAAAUCGGCAAGAAAGACAUCGAGAGCAACAGUCUGGUGGCGCUCGAGUCCUUCUCUCGCGGUAUCUCAUUUAUCACCUUGGACAUCCCGACGCUCUUGCGCCGCCGCGGCCCCGAUGUUCACCACGCACUGGUUGAGACCACCCGCCUGAUCGAACAGCAGGCGAUUCAGCCCGUUCACCCCCUGACCAUCUACCCCAUGCAGGACGCCCAAGCGGCUUUCCGCUUCGUGCAGGCAGGUGCCCAACUUGGCAAGGUGGUGCUCUCUACCGGCCCCGACGAACAAGUCCACGUUGUCCCCAAACCUAAGGGCAUCACUGAUACAACCCGACUACGCCCUGAUGCAUCCUACCUCAUCGUGGGUGGUGUCGGCGGUAUCGGCCGUUCCAUCGCCCACUGGCUAUUCGCCCACGGAGCCAGAAACCUGAUCCUGCUUUCCCGCAGCGCCGGAAAUCUCGACCUCGAGAAGAACCAGACCACCGACGGCGCCCUCUUCAUCCGCGAACUCCGCGACUCCGGCUGUCGUGUCAAGCCCGUCAGCUGCGACAUUUCCAUCGCCAGCUCCCUAACCAAGGCUCUCCGCAUCUGCGAAGACGACGGCUUCCCGCCCGUCCGCGGUGUCAUCCAAGGCGCCAUGCUCCUCCGCGACGCCAUCUUCGAACAAAUGACCCUCUCCGACUGGCACGGCGGCCUCAGCCCCAAGCUCUACGGCACCUGGAACCUGCACACGGAAUUCUCCCAACCCUCCUCCCUCGACUUCUUCAUCAUGCUCUCCUCCGUCUCCGGCGUCGUCGGCAUCGCCUCCCAAACCAACUACGCCGCCGGCGGUUCCUACGAAGACGCCAUGGCCCGAUGGCGCCAAUCCCGCAACCUCCCGGGCGUAGCCAUUGACCUAGGCCCCAUCUCCGACAUCGGCUACGUGUCCACGUCCAGCAAAGUGGCCGACCGACUCCGCAAAGACGGUGACUUCGCCAUGCUGGACGAAGACAUCGUGCUCCGCGCCCUCAACGCCGCCGUGCUUCACCCGCUCCACGCCCGCACCCAGAUCAUCGUGGGCCUUAACUCCGCCCCCGGCCCACAGUGGGACCCUCAGGGCCGCUCCCAACUCGGCCGCGACGCCCGCUUCGCCCCUCUCCACCCGCCGUCAUCCUCCAAAGCCGCAUCCCGAUCGGCCGAUAGCGACACCACCGCGUCGCUUUCCGCACAGCUCGCCGAGACGGCCGCUGACCCACAGGCCGGAGCCGCACUUAUCGCCGCGGCUAUUGCGGCGAAACUUGCGGACAUCUUCAUGACUCCCGUUGCGGAGAUUGAUCUGACGAAACCCCCUGCCCACUUUGGAGUUGAUUCCUUGAUUGCGGUCGAGUUACGGAAUAUGCUGGUUUUGCAGGCGGCCGCGGACAUUUCUAUUUUUAAUAUUUUGCAGACGGAGAGUUUGGGUGCGUUGGCGGGGUUGGUUGCGGAGAAGAGUCGGUUUUUGCAGGCUGCUUAGGAUUUUCUUACUGUGUUGGCAUUAUUUUAUUUUUUUAAUUGUAUCAGAUUGUCAGUAUUGGAAUGUGUUGUUAGCGAAAGUGGUCUAUUGUAUUAUGCAGAUAUUAUCUCUUUCAUAGACGUUAUCAUUACUACUUUCUUUCUUC